AUGCCAAAACUCGAUGAUUUCCUUCAAUCAAGAUACGGUCAAGAAGCCGAGGAGCUCUUCCAUCAAGUUGCAGAUCGGGCAAAAUCCAGCGACGAUGAUCGGUACGAGGUGCUGGGGAAUAUCAAACCAUGGGACGAGUCCAAAUCUGGUAGAAUGAUUUCAAGUCCUCAGAUGCGCAAUAUUCUUGGCCUGCAGAUCACACCUAACUGGCAAGCUUGGCUGCCCGACCUCGAACGAAUCAUACUCAAUGAAAGACAACUGGAACACUUAUAUCAUAGUACGUUGAUUACUCGUGUAAAUAUCGCGCUCCAAAAUGCAAUACUACCGAAUCGUCCACGUGUUACCGUGGUAGUAGGACCGGGUUGCUUUGAUAGUCACGAUAUUGAACGAGUUGGUGGUGAGGAGACUACUAUCUUGCCAGAUUGGAUCGUCAUUGAAGGCACCUACUCACUCGACGAUAUCAGCUCCCCUCGGCUUCAGCAGCUGAAGGAAAAUGGUCAAAUAAUUGCUGUCGGGGACACGAAACUACUCCGCCAGGAAGUCGGGGGCCAGAAGGAAAGCUCAAGCUCUGCAAAGGUUGUCGACGGAACCGAUUCCUGCCGUAAUGGCUACCUUGCUCAAGUACAGCACUAUGCAUGUAUGCUGAACACCCGCUUCGGAUUCGUCCUCACAAAUAAGGAGCUCGUGCUUGCACAAUUUCUACGAGAGCCAGAGGCGUUGCCUCGUGCACCUUAUGAGCGCGGGCUUCGCCCCAGAGACCGACUCCAGUCGUUAGAGCAAGGCAUAUCGUCAAAUUUCAGGACUCCCGAGCCUGAAACGCUGGUUGGUGAAGGCAGAAGUCGUGACUUACCAUCACAUCUACUGCAUAGCCCUCAGGCAGGCAAUAAACGGACUCGGAGGAAUAUCAGUGAUAUGAGUGACGAUACUCCUUCACGCCCUGCACCGGUAACCAUGGAUGAACUUGGCGGAUGGGCGGCCUCUCCAUCUCAGGCUCGCUCUGCUCAAACAUUUGACCCUCCAUCUAGCCCUCCCUCACUUCCUGGCCCUCCACAAAGAUCUGGAAGUACAGGUCUACCGACGUCUGAUCCAAUGCUCACAUCCGGGACGGGCGACGAUAACAUAGGCGGAUCCUUCUUUGAGCCAUCAGAGCGUGAUUUUGAAGUCGACAAUGUUCUCGUUCACAGUGUCCCGAUUCCAACCCCAGCUGACUUCAAGAGUAUGGAGACGAGGGGGAGAAGGCUGCAGAAUACACAUCCAGCUAAAGCAUUAUUUACAAUGAUCAUGCUCGCAUACCUAGCGGGGCCCCACGGAAGACGUAUAGAGACAGAUGAAAUAGACUUUGCGUCUGUGUCGGAUGAACUCACAUAUUAA